AAUUUCCCGUUUCCGGGUGUUUCCCGCCCCCUCCCACUCCGGUUUCCCGCAGACUUCCCCCGGAAGCGGAAGCGGACCCGCUGGAACCAGGACUCCCUGGACCAGAAGACGGUGAUCCCGGGGAUGCCCACGGUGAUCCCGCCCGGCCUGACCCGCGAGCAGGAGCGCGCCUACAUCGUGCAACUGCAGAUCGAAGACCUGACUCGCAAACUGCGCACGGGAGACCUGGGCAUCCCCCCUAACCCUGAGGACAGGUCCCCCUCCCCCGAGCCCAUCUACAACAGCGAGGGGAAGCGCCUGAACACGCGCGAGUUCCGGACGCGCAAGAAGCUGGAGGAGGAAAGACACACCCUGAUCACUGAGAUGGUGGCUCUGAACCCCGACUUCAAACCCCCUGCCGACUACAAGCCGCCGGCCACCAGGGUGAGCGACAAGGUGAUGAUCCCGCAGGACGAGUACCCCGAGAUCAACUUUGUGGGGCUCCUCAUCGGACCCAGGGGGAACACGCUGAAGAACAUCGAGAAGGAGUGCAACGCCAAGAUCAUGAUCCGCGGGAAGGGCUCGGUGAAGGAGGGGAAGGUGGGCAGGAAGGACGGGCAGAUGCUGCCGGGGGAGGACGAGCAGCUCCCUGACCCUUUUCUCCCUCUUUUUCACCCCAAAAACCAGAUCAGGAACAUCCUGAAGCAGGGGAUUGAGACCCCCGAGGACCAGAACGACCUGCGGAAGAUGCAGCUGCGGGAGCUGGCGCGGCUGAACGGGACCCUGCGCGAGGACGACAACCG